UGGCGGUGUUGCAGUCAUACUACCAAUAGGCGGGACUGUGGCUCUGCAGUGUUUGUGAGCUGCACAGCUGGAACACCAGAAGGCUGGCACGCGUUCCAGCUGCGAGCAGAUAACUGAGCUCGGCUUCCUCCGCUGCACCAACACGCAUCACAUCCACAACGUGCUUCCGAGUGCGCCAGUAGAGAACUUGGAGACAGCCGCAUGGCCCGUUCACAGCAGCAGCAUUAACCCCCCGAAGUCGGACCCCAGUUGUUUAUCAUCUGAUGACUUCUUGCGGGCUCCCAUCUUUGCCGACUCUAACACUCGGUCGCCGAACAGACUUUGUGAGUUCGACAGUGUUACGGUGAUGUAACGCUUCCCAUACCAGAGCUCACUCCACAACUGUUGUCACUCCAGCCUCUCCUCUCAGAGCAUGGGACGCUUCAAACUCUAAAGUGAGAGCCAACAGAUUCAAACCACAGAGAGGUAAACGAGGGGGAAAACUGAGAGGACCGCUACGAUGGAGUCCAUAUUAUCGGAACAGUCUGCCACUGUGGACGAGCUGGUGGAAGCCUGCAUCAAAGCCUUUGAUGAGAAGGGCACUUUGAAGGAUGCAUCCUUGGUCCGCAUGUUCCUCAUGAUGCACCCUUGGUAUAUCCCUUCAGCUGACCUGGCCAAGAAGCUCGUGCUCAAAUCUCAAGAGGAUGGCUGCACCGAUGAGCGCCGAACGAAAAUAUGCCACCUCUUCAAGUACUGGAUUUCUGAGUUUCCCGCAGAGUUCAAUCUGAACCCGGAGCUGGCAGACCAGAUCAAAGACUAUAAAGACCUCUUGACCACUGAGGGCAAUGAGAGGCAGAGUCAGCUCAUUGACUUGGACAGUGUGCCGUCGUAUAAAUGGAAGCGGCAGGUGACCCAGCGUGUCCCAUCUGUGUCCAAAAAGAGGAAAAUGUCCCUGCUGUUUGAUCACCUCGACUCCUGUGAACUGGCUGAACACCUGACCUAUCUGGAAUACAAAUCCUUCUGCAAGAUCCUGUGGCUGUUUGUGCAGGUGUCUCUGGACCAAUACCACACAGAAGAGGAGAUCUAUCAGAUGUCUUUACAGAGGGAACCACGCAAGCCAGUGCAGAACUCCAGCCCUGCCCCCGCACCUGAUCCCAAGCCCAGUAUGAUUGAUGAGUGGGCCGUUUCAGUGAAGCCCAGCGCUGACCCCACGAUCAUCAAGAAACACAUAGAGAAGAUGGUGGAACCUGAGAGGUGCUACAAGGAUAAGGAUAAAAAUGAGCUGUACUCACCACCACAACUAGACGGGAAGAUCAGCAGGGAGGAGAUGAUAGACUACUUUAUGAAAGCCAGCUCUCUGCUGAACUGCAAGAUGGGUUUCAUCCACACUUUUACUGAGACCACCUAUGUCAAGCCCACGUUCUGUGAACACUGUGCUGGCUUUAUCUGGGGAUUUUACAAGCAAGGCUACAAAUGUAAAGCCUGCGGGGUCAACUGCCAUAAGGCCUGCCGAAGCCGGCUGGCUGUUGAGUGCCGGAAGAGGACGAAGAGCAUCAGCCAUGAAGCGCCGCCAGCUCUCCAGGCCAGAUCCUACAGCUUACCGCCACUUAUUUCUUUGCCCUCACCUUCUCUGUUCCCACUAGUGAUUGCUGAGGAGGAUAUAGAGGCAGUGGAGGAAGGAGUAUUUGAUGUCCAUCUAUAACCAGAAUCCCUCCUACGGUCGGUGUUCGAGAAGCCAAAUCAGCCCCUUUCGAGAGUGAGAUGGAGAAUGUGCUACAGUGUGUCAGAUUUACAGCGCUGAGGAGAAAUUGCACUGAACAGGAUCCAGGAUACCUACAUGCUGCCACACGGUGGACACACGCUGCAGCAGCACCCCUCUCUGCCCGACUCACAGGAAUGUGACGACCAGUGUGAACCGAAUGUCUCUGUAUGAUUUCUAUGAAAAAAAAAAAAGAUGUGCAUUUUGAUUCUGUGUCGGCCAUGAGUGUUACUGUAAAAUACUUACUAAAUACUUACUCUCUCUAUAUAUAUAUCUAUAUCUAUAUAUAUUUAAAAGAAAAUCCACAAAAUUGUAUUUUCUUGGUGAAAUGUUCACGUCAGUGGAGUUUGUAAAUUUGAGCACACUGCAGAUUGGCGCAGUUUUCUUUUCUUUAAAACAUAAAAGAGGUGCUGUUAUUGCCAAGAAUGUAAAGCUGCCACCCAGACUAAGCUACAGUCUCCUUUAAGUGGGAAGCUCAACUUUCCCCCCCUCUCCUUUUGUUUGUUGUUUUGAAAUACAUUUCAGCGGACCAAUAAUAGGACCAAUUUUGAUGUCAGAUAAAAUAUUUGUGGUGCCCGUCUGAAGUGCGAUGACAACGGCAGCAAAGGAAACAGCUGAAAGCACCGUGGCGACGGCUGUAAUUAGGAUGGACUUUAAUUAAUGUUCUGUUCUUCGUCACGUUUACCUGAAUAUCAGUAACUAUAGUUAUUGCGGUUGGUGUUAUUUUCAGUAUAGAGUACUGUCUUGUACCAGUGCAGUGACAGGUGACCCAUCCUCCUGCAGUACUGUGAAUGUAGCAGAAACAGGAAUGCUGCUGUCACAUGAAGAAGCCCAUUUUUCUUUCCCAGUAAAUGCGUUGAGAGCAUUAAAGAAAAAAAAUAAAUGAAAUAAUCAAAAGAACAAGAUUAGAACUGGAGCCGUUUUUAUUUGACAGCAGCUUCUAAAAACAUUUUCCUGAGAAGUUUCCAUGCAAGUUGUAUUUUUGCUGUUUAUAAUCUGCAUGCUUCUUCCUUCUUGCUCGUAUUCUCCUGACAAAUAUUUUUUCUAUUUUUAAAUUUGUAACUUUUUUUUUACGUAGCACGCCAACUUUUCGUUUAUUUAGCAAGUAUGAUGUCUUGAAAUUCCACACGGAGGAAAUGUUUCUGUCUCUUGGUGCCUGUGGAGAGAUGACUUCAGACUUUGAGUGGCGUUUGCUUCAACUGCCAGUUUGUCGCUGAAUGAGGCUCCUCAGUUUGCUGGUAUUUAUUUUUUUGGUAAAAAAACAAACAAACAAACAAAAACGAAUAUGCCUGUCCUGUGCCACUCCUUGCCUGACGAUUGGAUGUUUGCUGUUAUUCGGAACGAUGUCAUGCUAUUCCUCGUGGUCUGUUUCUACAUGAUUCCUCAGUAUUAAAUGCAGCAGACAUCUUUCUAAUAUGUGUUCUUGUUAUGAGAUUCUGUGACUAAUAAUAAUAAUAAUAAUACUAACAGUAAAA